AUGUCUGCUUGGCGAUCAUGCCGAAGGGAGAUAGUUCGGAAAUUGGUUCCAUUUGCGAAUUUCUCAGUACCGAACCAAUUUCUGCCAUCAGCUCCUAACGAUAACUUCAUUCCUGGUAAUCAGUCAAAUAAUAUUCGAUUUGAACGAGCAGUUGAUUCGGUGAGAUGGACGGUAAAUGCAAGCGCUGAUGAAUGCAUUAGGGGUCGUUUGUAUUCUGAUGGAUGUUUACCAUUUGCUGCUGAUGUUAUUCUCUUGAGACACUAUGUUGCAACAAUAUCGUGUGAUCUUACGAGAGGUCGAAUCGCCGGCGCAGUUGCGGGUGUUGUUGAAGAUUUUCUUAAUGCAGAUGUAAUGGAUCUAUUAAUGAAAAUUGAACGGCAGUCUCAAGCUCACCAGUUAACACUGAACGAUAUCGCCACAAAAACCCGACCGCUGCUCUACACUGCCAAACAACUACUCGAGCUUUUGGUUGUUAUUGUUAAGCAACUUCAGAAAGAUUUAUGUGGUGGUGAAAUAUUGAGUGAAGUUAGCGCACGACUUCAUUCAAGUGUGUCGCAGUCAGCCGUCACCGUUUUAAGACGAAUGGAACGGGCCGCUUUGUCACAAUAUUACGACCUUCUAUCGUCGUGGAUUCGAUAUGGCCGUUUAGAUCAAGAUUUUGCUCACGAGUUCAUGGUUUGGGAUUUGCACAAAACUAAAAUGUACAGUCGUAGUGAGGUGAUGCGUGGUAAAGAAGAACACAAUUUCAUGUCUGCACCUGAUGGAUUCGAUGACCGUUAUUGUGUCAUCAACGAAUUAUGCCCAUCGCAGUUAGCGUCAGCAGCGAGCGAUAUCGUAAAGUGUGGUAAAUAUUUCAACAUCAUUAAACGAAUCAAAGGUGCGAUUUAUCUUUUUGAAUUGUUUUCGAAUUUAUUCAUUUGUUCAGAGGAAGAUGUAGUAAAUCACAUUCGACAAACGCGUAUUGAGGGCAGUCAAAGACUGGUUCUGCUGCUUCGCAAACAAUUUCAUCUCGAUGAACUCUUCGAUUCAAUACGACUGUUCUUCUUGUUGGAACAAAGCGAUUGGCUUAUAACACUUAUCGAGUUGUGUGGUGACCAUUUGUUGCGUCCUCUCAAAGGCGUAACAGAAACUGACAUUGAUGCGGAUCGUGAUAGUUUAAAUGGUGCGGAUGCGUUAUCGUUGGCCAUCAAUCUCACCUUCCCAUUGUCACUCGUUUUUCCACACAAUUUCACUCUGAAUCUUGCAAUUAUAUUCAGAUAUCUUUUUAGUUUGCAUCGAGCAAUAUUCACUCUUUAUACUAAGCAGCGAUGUGAUGAUUUAUUGGGAGAGGAGCGCGUUAUGUUGGAAUGGAUGCUUCAUAUUCUGAAUGCAAUUCUUUCGCAUUUCACUGUACAUAUUAUACCAGCACUUUGGAGUUCUUUCGUGAAUAAAAUAUCGAAGGUAAUCCGUUACUUUCCAUAUUAG